AUCGCGCGUUUUAUUAUGUCUGUAGAAGGUAGACAGCAUGUUAUAUGCUAAAUAUGACAGUAGCGUAUAGCGAUUCAAGGAGUAUUCCGCACAUCUAGUAAACCUGUGAUUCCGAUUUUCGUUCCACUGUUCCGAGAGAAUAAAAAAAAUGAAGGAUGCGUGCAGUGCAUAGAGAGUGGCGAUUUGAGUUUUAAGAAAAGAUUUUCUUUGAUUUUAAAGACGGAUCUGAAGUCAUGACACCCACGAAGAAAUUAUGCACUUCCUCUGGCUUCUUUUAGCAUUUUCGAGUUUCAACUUGUCCAACUGCUACGAAGAAUGCGACGAGGACAUAUGCCCCCCAGUGGUGAUCAGACAGCAAAUCCCCAACCUCGAACAACUACCCCCGCUGCUUGGAGAAGACAAAGCCACCGGUUGCCUAUGUCGAGGCUUCAACGACACGCGUUCGGUAUGUUUUGGUCGAAGCGGUUGCACUCGCAUGCCCAAAUUCAUGAAAAUACAAUCGCCUUGGUUCAAACUCACCAAUACCCACAUUACCAAGCUGCUUCCAGGUGAUUUCGACCAAAUAGAGCAUUUGAGAGACUUACAGAUUGAGGGAAACUACGAAUUGGAGUUUAUGUCACCUGGAUUGUUCCAAAACUUAUCAAGCUUAGUGAAUCUUUCCAUUUCUUUCAACACCAAACUCAAAACUCUAUCUCCUGACACCUUUACAGGACUAACAGCUUUAAGAAGAUUAUUUUUGAAGAAAAAUGGCUUUGAUACCAUACACGACAUCACUAUAAACCUAAAACCAAGCAUGGUACCAAAUAUAAAAACAUUAAUCUUGGAUUGGAAUAGUUUUGCCGCUAUACAAUCAAACGAUUUUCUACCUAUGACCAACAGCACUCUUCAAGAACUGAGUUUAAUAUUUUGCAGAAUUGACAACAUAGAUCAAGAAGCCUUUGUUCCAUUAAAGAACCUGCGAGCGCUAAGAUUGGGAGAGAAUACAAUAAGCAGCGAUCAACUCUCAGACCUUUUCGAGAGAAUGUUUGAAGCAAACAUAGACCUCAAGGUGCUUAAUUUAUUUUAUAUGGGUUUCAAAAAAUAUGUUCCUAAACGAAUGAUGGAAGUGAUAGCUAAGAUGAACGUAUCACACUUGAACUUGUCAAGAAACAGGUUUGAAGUACUUAAAAACGAAAGUUUUCCAUACAUGCCCAACUUAGAGUACUUGGACUUAAGAGAAAUUCUUCCUUCAAACAUCAGUGAGGACGCUUUUUUGAAUUUUCCCAACUUAAAAACACUUCUGCUAAGUGCUAACAAGCUAACAUCAAUUCCAAAAGCAGUUUUUGUCUUGCAGAAUUUGAUUUAUCUGGAUGCACAAGAAAAUUCACCCGCAGUCAACAACGAAUACUACUUCAGGCUUCAAUAUGAGCAGUUUUCAAACAUGAAGAAACUGGUUUAUCUUAAUAUAAAUUUCAACGGGCUGUCUCAUUUGUUCAAUACAUCUUUCGUAGGUCUCACUCACUUGGAGGUCUUGGAAUUGAAGAACUGUUCAGUAUUUCAUAUUGAAAACAACACUUUCCUUCCUUUAGAAAAUUUGAAGAUGUUAAACCUCGCAAAUAAUUAUCUUUUACAUGACGAUACAAUUCCUAAUGUGUUUUGGAGUUUAACUAAGUUGGAAGUGCUACUUUUAGGUGGUUGUAAGUUGAAAUAUAUUUCGUCUGGACCAAGCAACCCAUUUAGAAACCUAAAAAACCUAAAAUAUUUAGGCUUGGAUAAGAACUUCUUUACAGCAAUAUCACCCACAGAUUUCCUACCAUUAAAAUCAAUCAUUCAAAUUGAUUUAUCAUCCAAUCUGCUCAAUUCUUGGGAGCACAGGAUUCUAAGCUCUAACGAAAACAUCACUAAGUUGAUCGUAUCCAGGAAUAAAAUCUCUGAUAUAACCUUAGCAAUGUAUCAGGACUUUUCCAGGCUAAAUAGUGUGGAUCUUGAUCAAAACGUCAUACAUUGUAGCUGUUUUUUCACUUACGAAGCUUACAGAACUUUUACCAAAGACAACUAUAGUCCAGGAAUCAAAAAUGGGUCGGUUUUUCAGCCUCCUUUAGAGUGUACUUAUCCAGAUAGUCUGGAUAACGUUACCUUGAUGGAUUACUUGACCAGAAAGGAGUACGCGGAGAGUAUAUGUGUUCUAGUUCCCGAAGGAGUGUACUUAUUCUUGCCUUUAUCCAUAAUUGCUAUACUUUUAUCCAUACUAGCUGGGCUGGCUUUUUAUUACAGGUGGCAUAUAAAGUACUGGAUCUUUUUGUCCAAGCUCUACUUGAGUAGAAAAGGAAAAAUUCGUCCUAAAAGGGAGAAAACUGGAUAUACGAACUACGAAUAUGAUGCUUUCGUGUCUUACAGCAACGAAGACAGGGAUUUUGUAGUGAAAAUGGUUACAAUGUUGGAAAACAACGAACCAUUCUUCAGACUUUGCGUCUAUGAGCGAGAUUUUCAAAUAGGAACCAUCAUUUCCGAGAGUAUUCUGGAAAGCGUGGCCAAAAGCCGGAAAACUUUGCUCGUAAUCAGUGAUAACUAUGCUAAAUCACAAUGGUGUCGGUGGGAGAGUCAAAUAUGCGACCAUCACAGGCUAUUCUUCGAAAACGAAGAUGGAGAAUACGUAGAUGAUUCUUUGAUUCUCAUCAAACUUACUUCUGUGAGCGAACAUCAUCUCACACCCACAUUGAAGUACUUGUUGAAAACCAGAAUCUACCUGCAAUGGGAAUUUGAUGAAGGAAAGCAACGGACCUUUUGGGAUAGACUCAGAAACACUUUAGGGCCAACAAGACUACUGAGCGAAGUAACUCGUAUGUAAAUAUUGUGUAAAUAAUGUGAUAUUUUUUUAAAUAAAAUUGUUUUUGUUUAAAUUACUUUUUAUUCAAAAAUAAAUAUGAAAAGGUAGCUCACCAGUAAAACACCUGACGUGUAUAUUUAGUUGCCUAUAAAAAUAAAUUUGCUG